CUCUCUCGCACGAAUGCGAGCGGCCACACGCGCGCGCGCGCAUACAAACACAAUUUCUCUACGCCAGUUUAGAAGUCUCCGCCACCUUCUGGUAUAUCUGUCUCUCUCGCUCGCUUUCUCUUACGCUCUCUCCGAUGGCGACCAUUAAUCUUCAUUCGAGAACGUCCCUGACGAAUCUCGACUCCUCCAGGGCCUCUGACCGCCUCGCGGCUACCAAGCACUUUAGCGACUUUGUCUUCCAGUCGAAACUACUCAGAAGGAAAUGCGUUCAGAAGCAAAUAUUUGCCGUCAGAUCGAUGGCGAUCACGGAACCAAGCCAGCUUGGACGGCUCACUUCCCUAAAUGGUCCUCCGGGUGUUGGAAAGCUGAGCUCUCAGCUUGAGCAUCAGUCGAGUGAUAGCAUCCUUGGGCAGGAAGGGUUAACCUCAAAUUUUCCGAGAAAAACUAAGAUAGUAUGUACAAUUGGUCCUUCCACGAGCACACGAGAAAUGAUAUGGAAACUGGCAGAAACUGGAAUGAAUGUGGCACGUUUAAAUAUGUCACAUGGAGAUCAUGCAUCACACCAGAAGACCAUUGACCUGGUAAAAGAAUACAAUGCUCAAUUUGAAGACAAGGUUAUAGCCAUAAUGCUGGACACAAAGGGUCCUGAGGUUAGAAGUGGAGAUGUACCUCAACCAAUUAUGCUUAAGGAGGGACAAGAAUUUAACUUCACUAUCAAAAGAGGAGUCAGCACAGAUGACACCGUCAGUGUAAAUUAUGAUGACUUUGUGAGUGAUGUAGAGGUUGGAGACAUACUGCUGGUUGAUGGUGGAAUGAUGUCUUUAGCUGUUAAGUCAAAGACGGAAGAUCAAGUUAAAUGCAUGGUAGUUGAUGGUGGAGAACUCAAAUCAAGGCGUCAUCUAAAUGUGCGUGGAAAAAGUGCAAAUCUACCUUCCAUAACAGAUAAAGACUGGGAAGAUAUCAAAUUUGGGGUGGACAACCAAGUUGAUUUCUAUGCCGUCUCAUUUGUGAAGGAUGCUAGAGUGGUCAAUGAGUUGAAAGAUUACCUAAAAGGUUGCAAUGCCGAUAUUCAUGUGGUUGUCAAAAUUGAAAGUGCAGACUCCAUACCAAAUCUUCAUUCAAUACUUUCAGCAUCCGAUGGGGCAAUGGUUGCCCGUGGAGACCUUGGAGCGGAACUGCCAAUCGAGGAAGUUCCUUUAUUACAGGAGGACAUCAUUCAGAGAUGUCAUAGCAUGCGGAAACCAGUGAUCGUAGCAACAAACAUGCUGGAAAGUAUGAUAAAUCAUCCUACGCCAACAAGGGCAGAGGUAUCUGACAUUGCAAUUGCAGUACGAGAAGGUGCUGAUGCUAUCAUGCUUUCAGGAGAAACUGCCCAUGGAAAGUAUCCUUUAAAAGCUGUCAAAGUAAUGCAUACUGUGGCCUUGAGGACCGAGUCAAGUCUACCAAUUAGCUCAACUCCUGCAAAUCAACUGACUGCUUAUAAGAGCAAUAUGGGCGAAAUGUUUGCCUUCCAUGCCACGACUAUGGCUAACACUCUCAAUACUCCAAUCAUUGUUUUCACAAGAACGGGAUCCAUGGCCGUAGUUUUAAGUCACUAUCGCCCAUGCUCAACAAUCUUUGCCUUCACAAACGACAGAGAGAGGAUUAAGCAGAGGCUGGCGCUUUACCAUGGUGUCAUGCCCAUAUAUAUGCAGUUUUCAGAUGACGCAGAGGAUACCUUCUCCAGAGCACUGAAGUUGUUAGUGGAUAAGGGUCUGUUGAAGGAGGGAGAGCAUGUUACUCUUGUCCAAAGUGGUGCACAACCAAUCUGGCGUGUAGAAUCGACUCAUCACAUUCAAGUUCGAAAGGUCCAAGGUUGAUUUUCACAAGUGAAGAGGCUUUUACUUCAAUAUACAUAUUUUUUUUUAUAGGUAGAUACUGUGAACUAAUAUUAUUAGUUCACAGCAUCUAAUAUUAAAUAAUAGUAUCUUUUAGUUGUGACUUCUAACAAUCUUGUGAUUUCUUGAUCCUAGUUUGAACCAGGGUCAAUGCUAACAAAUUUGGUAAUCACAAAGUUUCUAAUUAGUUCACAGCAUCUAAUAUUAAAUAAUAGUAUCUUUUAGUUGUGACUUCUAACAA